AUGCAUCAGUCAUUUCGUUUCCAACGAACACCGCGUGGUUCCCACAAUUCCGUUCUCUUUUGGGCCUUUUCCCUCGUGGAGUCUCAACAAAAACAACAAAAACAAGAGGAGAAGAAAAAGAAAGAAGAAGAAGAAGAAGUUGAAGAAGAAGUUCAGUCAUUCAAUAAUGUAGAGAGGGAAGUGAAACGAACCCGCAGAGAACAGGUGACUCCACAAGAAGUUGAAGAAGUUAUAGAAGUAAAAGAAAAAGAUCAUGUAGAAGAAAUUGUAGAAGAAGAAGAAAUAGAAGAAGUCGAAGAAGUUGUAGAAGUAAAAGAGGAAGAAAUAGAAGAAAUAGAAGAAUAUGAUGAUGAUGAAGAAGAAGAAAAAGUACCUUGCACGGUUGCCUCUCCCACUAUAGACCCUGCACGGCGAUAUGAUCCCUAUCGAUUUAAAGAUAUCCUUUCAGUGAGUGAGUCUUUAUUAGAAGGACUAUUAGGCCCAGUGGCAAUUGAUGUGGAGUUAAAUGGCAACACAGCACUAUUGCGAGAACCGGAACGAUUUGCUGCCGCUCUUCUUUCAAUGGAACAGGCGAGUACUUCAGCACUGCAGAGUUUUCACGCAUCUAUACAACUCUUCUUUACAGUGCGGGGAGAAUCUUAUUAUACCUUACAGUCUCCUGCAGUCUAUACACACAGUAAUAAUAAUAAUAAUAGUACUAGUAAUAAUAAUACUAGUACUAAUAGUACGAUUUGUUCACCUGUUGUGUUUCUCGCCAAACUUCUCUCUGCUCCUGCGGUAACGAAGAUUGUCCUGCACGCCUCUUAUCUCUAUCGAUUGCUUUUUCUCUUUCUCGGCACAGACCGUGUUUCUCUGCGUAAUGUAGUGGAUGUGCACGUAUGGUCUACAGUAAUGGGCCGUGUAUGUGGAUCACAUCAACGUACACCGCCCUGUACACAUAUGGAAGAAGUAUUGGAGUUUAUUCCACACACCGCAAAGGAACGAAUAGCAUUAUUAUUACAAAAUGCAAAACUCGCUGCUCAGUAUGAUGAGACUAUGGGGAAUGAAAUAAUAACAGAAGAAGAAGAAACUACUAUCACUACAAAUAGAAUAGGCGAAGGUGAAACGCAUACCACUAUAUCCAUAACGGAAUCUUCAUUAUCUGGUGUAAAGGAAUUACCAUUACUUCAAUUAACAGAACGACUCAAAUCCCUCUCUGCGCUUUACGCUUAUUAUGAGGAAUAUUUACAACCAUUAAAAAGUAGUGGGGCUGCAGUGGGAACGACUUUUAUGUCUAUUGCGACUGUAUGUGAUGUAGAGACUCGUGUCUGUUUUCUCUGUGCACUUAUGUCUUAUCAUGGUAUAUUUGUAAAUAAACAUCUGUUGGAUUCUAUGUUAAUGGAUUUAGAUAAACAAGUAGAUGCCCUCACACAAGAGGGAAAUGAAGCUCUGCAGACUUUACGAACAUCUAUAGCUUCAAGAAGGAAUAAAGAAGUUAACACUACUACUAUUACCGAAGUAGAUGUAGAAGAGGUAGAUAUUGGAAGUAUGAGAUCUGCAGAACUUGUAAAGUUAUUACGAGAAAAGUAUACUUGUGUGUUAAAUGAAAAUGAUAGUUAUGAACGGCAACUCCAACAACUUUGUACAUAUCUUUCUCAUCAAGGUUGUGUAAAGGGGAAUGUAGCGUAUAUAUGGUUGGCUAUACAUGAAAGACAAGAGUUUAGACGAUCAUUAAUGGAUGGAUUUGUAAAAGGUGUAAGUGUUCAUGCACGUAUUAUUCAUAUUCCACACCAAGAAGAGGAAGAAACAGAAACAGAAGAAUUAAAUGAUGAGAAUAAGAAGGAUGAAUCUAUCCAAAUUGAAAAUAAUAAUAAUAAUAAUAAUAAUAAUAAUAAUAAUUGGAAACGUUCUCUCUUCUUCUCUGUUCACCCCAAAUGGGCGGUCCAUCACACCACCACAGCCCGAUUGUACUGUUCAAAGCCCAGUCUGCAAACAUUAUCUAAAAAACCAGUUCUCUGCCGUACAAUUCCCCCAUCUAUAAACUCAAUCUCAUCAAACUCAAUCUCAUCAACAUCAACAACACCAGCAGUAUUAAUAACAAAAACACUCUUAAGUAAUCCAGAAUGGACUCCACGGCAUAUUUAUGGUGCCCCACCCGGAUGUACACUCCUCUCCUUUGAUUUUAACCAAAUUGAACUACGCCUGUUAGCACACUUAAGUGGAGAUGAACUUCUUAUACAACAACUCCGCAGUGGACGAGAUAUACUUGCAGAGAUUGCACGUCGAUUGAUGGGAUUACCGCAAAUAGAUCAAGUCACUCCAUACAUGCGGCAGGCUGUGAAGGUAGUGGUGUAUGGAAUGUUGUAUGGAAUGGGACCAGAGUUAAUGGAUCAACGUUUACAGAAAUUACAACAGGAAUCAUCCAUAGAUACAAAUAAUAAUAAUAAUAAUAAUAAUAAUAAUAAUAAUAAUACCAAUAAUAAUAGUUUAGGAUUGAAUGCUCGUCAAUUUCUACAGGCUUUUCAAGAAAGUUAUCCUGCCGGACAUGCAUUUUUAAAAAAUACACGAAUGACUGCAUUUCAUCAAAAACGUUGUGUUACAUUAAAUGGUGUUCGUGAUUUAUCAAGUGAAUCAGAUGGGAAUAGACGGAAACAAAUUGCCAUUGCACUUGCCAUUCAAGGCGGAGCUGCUGUUAUUCUUCAUUAUGGGAUGAUUGCUGUACAUGAGAAGCGGCAUACAUUUCUUCCACACUUCCCUGCAGCGGCUGUGGCUCUUGUGAUGUGUGUUCAUGAUGAACUUGUGUAUAUUGUGCCGGACGCUGGUGUUUCUAUAGUGGCACCACAGAUAAAAAGUGUAUUGGAAGAACAAUCUUCUUUAUUAUCAUUAUCUGUGCCAUUACCCGUAUCUGUACAGGCGGGGAAAUCUCUGGGGGAAAUGGAACCACUUGUUCUUUGA